CAAGGGUGAUAUUGUUAUUUUUCCCUUUUGGCCUCAUGUCAUUCUUGCAGACUUCUGGCAUUGGGGAACCAAGCAUUUAUCAUGCACUGGUAAUCAUCUUUUUGGAGUUCUUUGCUUGGGGACUCCUUACAACACCCAUGAUCACUAUCCUGAAUGACACCUUCCCAGAUCAUACUUUUCUGAUGAAUGGACUUAUUGUUGGCAUUAAGGUGUCGGCAACAUUUGCUGCUAGUCUGGUGACCAGCCCUGGCCUUGGAGCCUACCUGGUCAGUAUGUAUGGAACACAGAUGGUUGUGGCUCUGGCUUCUGCCAUUGCACUCUUGGAUGUCUUCUUCAUCUUGGUUGCUGUCCCUGAAUCUCUUGGAGAGAAAGAUCCCUCUACUUUCUCCUCAUCCCUCACAUGGGAACAAGCUGAUCCUUUUGCUUCUCUGAGGAAAGUUGGGAAUGAUCCAACCAUCAUGAUGAUUUGUCUUACUGUGUUCCUGUCGUAUCUUCCGGAAGCUGGUGAAUACUCCUGCUUCUUUGUCUACCUCCGCUUGGUGAUUGGAUUCAGUCCUGAGGCUGUAGCUCUGUACAUUGCUGUGGUGGGUAUUCUAUCUGUUGGAGCACAAACAGCUCUCUUGGGGCUUCUCAUGAAGAUUGUUGGCCCUAAACAUUCAAUCAUGGUUGGCCUUAUCUUUGAGAUGCUUCAGCUUAUUGCAUAUGGCUUUGGCUCUGAAAUAUGGAUGAUGUGGUCUGCAGGUGUCCUAGCAAGUGUUUCAAGCAUCUCCUACCCUGCACUUUCUGCCUUUGUUUCCAUGCAUGCAGGACCUGAUAAGCAAGGUCUGGUACAAGGAAUGGUAACAGGCAUGCGAGGGCUGUGUAAUGGAAUUGGACCAGCCCUCUUUGGUUACAUCUUCUAUCUUUUCCAUGUGGAUUUAAAUGGUAGUGAAGAAACGUCCCCUGCUAGGGAUCAUGGGAUUCUGCAUGGUUUCAAAAAUGCCACUCUCCCCUCCUCUUCCACUCCUUCUUCCCUGGCUCCAUUCCAUGACACUCUGCUGGUGCCUGGACCACCAUUUGUUUUUGGAGCAUUUCUAGUCAUUUGUGGCCUGCUGGUGGCUGCUUUCAUUCCAGAGAACCCAAAGCUGCUGCCCACUUUCCAUAUCCCAAGGAGAAACUCAGACCUGGACAUCAUAUCAGUGGAAUUGGAGCCAGGCAAUGUCGUCAGUGAAUGUUCUACUGUAACAAUGCGAUGUCGGGUAAAGCCAACCAGUGGUGAAAUUUAUUGGUUCAAAGUGGAGACACAGGCAGGUGCAAAUGAGUCUGUGACAGUUUACCAGUUGAUGGUUUUCCAAGCAGAGUCACAUGACAAUGGCACAUACAAAUGUGAGGCUUCUAAUCCUCGUGGCAGAGCUGAGAGUUUUGUGGCUCUCACCGUUCAAGAAAAGCCUAAAGUCACUCUGGAUGUGGUGAAAGGAGUGGGAAAAGGGAAAUUGUUUGUGAAUUGGACAGUAUAUGAUGGGAAUGCUCCCUUGGAUCAAUUUUAUGUUCAGUAUAUGAAAGAGGGAGGUGAUGAAUGGGUUGCCCUCAGCAAGAGAGUGGCUGGGUCUGACCGCCAGGUUGUUCUCAUGGGUCUUGAACCAUCAACAGCCUACGUUGUACGAGUCCAGGGAAAGAAUGCCAUUGACAUGGGGUCAUGGUCUGAAGAGAGUGUUGCUGUCAGGACCUUGACAGAGGAUAUGACAUAUGAGCCGGAAAUCACUAUCAAAGCCUCCACGUCACAAUCCUUAAACAUGGCAUGGAAUCCUCCACCAAAAACCAUCCAGGACUUUGUUCAGUAUUAUGAAUUGAAGGCUACUCCUCUGGGGACUCAUGACGGAGAUCUCCACCGGGUGCAUGAGGUGAAGAGUGGGAAGGAGAAUCAGUAUACAUGGACACAUCUAAACCCAGGCACAACAUAUCAGUUCCAGGUGAAGGCUUGUAAUGCAUACACAGAUGAGUGUGGACCAUGGUCAAAACCAGCCAAUGAAUCCACCCUUGAUGGACGUGCCAGUCCACCUAUGAAGGUUCGGGUGAAUUGCCAGUCUGAUCAACAUGGGAGUUACCUUCAUAUCUCCUGGGAUCCUCCAACACAAUCAAAUGGACAGAUGUUCAAGGCAGAAUACAAAGUGUUCGUCGAAGAAAAAUCAGUUUUUCUGAAUGAACUUGGUGAGUGGGAGGAGGCAAAAGAUACAAAUGUGCUUUCUGCUCAUAACCGUUCAUCACUCACCAUUCAAGGCAUUCCAAAUACUAAUUAUACCAUUCAGGUUUGUGCCAUGUCACGAAACGGGCAGUGUGGAACGAAGAGCCGAGUCACAAAGGUAUCCGAGUGUUACAUGGGGCCCAAUCUUCCCAAGCAACUUCCUCGCUUCACCUGGAUGAAGCUGAAAUCCUCUGAGGAGAACCAGAUAUUCAAAGUGUUGCUUGUCAGGGCAACUGAGCGCCUUGGCCCCAUCUGUUGUUAUAGGGUGGUGAUUGUGCGAUAUGGAGAUCUGCUGGGAAGAGAGUUGCCAUAUCCACAGGGAAUAUCAGUUUCCACAUAUCGAGAGGCUCAUAACCACCUAGGACAGCACCUGACUGGAUAUAUUGCAGAAAUGUUUGAUAGCAAUCGCUUCCCAGAUGAGGUCAUAGUUGGGGAUGGAACUCUAUCUGUACCACCACCUCAAUGUUCUGCAUGCUACUCACAAUCAUACGCAAAUUUCAAUGAAGCAGGAUUUUCACGAAAUCGCCGCUACACACCGAACACUCCCACUUCUUUCCACGUGGUUGAAGAUGGUCCACUGGAGUCCAAUAGCACUUAUAGUGGGUUCAUAGAAGUCAUUGUGAAAACACUGACUGGAGAUGUUGUGAGAAAACCAAGCGAGUACUUCACCCUACUUGGAUCAAAGGAUCAAGAAUCAUUGGUCAUCAAAAGUAAAUCAAGCGGAUCAGGAGAAGAUGAGAAAAAAACCGGCGGGAUAUCCAAAGAAUCGACGAUUUCGGUCGUCUCUGCUGCAGCGAUUUCGGUCGUGGCUCUGACAGUGGGCUCUAUUUCCUACUAUCGUUUCAGAAAGGAGAAAGCCAGAAACAUCGCAUUAUCCAAGGAAGAGACAGAGCGAUUCUUGAGAGGACAACCGGAGAGCUUGAAUCCAACGAUGGGACUCGGGAAACAAGCACAUCUAUUACCAUUCGACGAAAACUGGAACUUUCCACCUGCGAAACUGAAACUCGGUAAGGUCCCAGACCCCAAAUCUGGCGAAUUUGUUUUGAAGGUAGAUUCCAUCGCAAUAGGAGAAGUCAUCGGUUGUGGGCAAUUCGGUUACGUGCUGAAGGCUGUGGCUGUUGGGAUCUGUCCUCCGGAGCCCGAAACGACAGUAGCCGUGAAGAGAAGAAAGCCCCACUCCACUCUGGAGAAUUAUCAGACGCAUUUGAUGGAGGUGAAGAUCAUGAGUCACCUCGGAAUGCACUUGAAUGUCGUCAAUUUCCUUGGAGCAUGUACCAAAGGUUUGGCACAUGGUGAGUACCUUCGUCAUAUCGUGUAG